AUGGCGAUGAUACAAGCAAAAGAAACAGGCUCGAUGUCUUACCAAGUUCCGACUUUGACCUCAACCAAUUAUCCGAUAUGGGCUAUCAAGGUUAAGUCUAUUUUGGAUGCACAUGGUCUUUUGGAGACGAUCGAACCGAGGGCAUUAGGUGAAGACCCAGACUCGAAGAAAUCAAAACAAGCGCUCGCCUUCCUAUUUCAAGCUAUACCGGAGGAGAUGGUGUUGCAAAUGUCGAGUUACACGGACCCGAAGAAAGUAUGGGAUGGCUUAAAAACACGAUACUUGGGCGUAGAUCGAGUGAGGGCGGCUCGAAUUGCAACAUUGAGAAGAGAGCUUGAGGGUUUGCGGUUGAAGGAAGGAGAACUCGUUGAUGAUGGUGCUUCUAAGUUGGAAGGCUUAAGAUACAUGAAGAACGACGAAAAAGCCUUGGUGAAAAAGGAGGAAGAGCAAGGCCAACUUUUGAUGGCCGAACAAAAGUAUGGUGAAAGUAGCGGACGAGGAAGAGGUCGCCGAAGAGGCUACGGUAGACGUGAGAGAGGUCGAGGAAGAGGUACGGGUCGAGGUGGUGAUAAAAGCAGGUUUUGGAGUUUCAAUUGUGGAGCAUUUGGGCAUUUUGGUUACGAGUGCACUAAAUGGAAGGAUGAAGAGAAAGAAGCAAAUCUUACCAAGGAGGAAGAACCGACAUUGCUUUGA